UUCAGUUGGUCUCUUUGAGCCCAAAGAAGUUCUUGGUAAAUUGAAACAAGUUUCACAGGCUCUUUCAACCAGUAAUUUGCUUGAAUGUGCAGUGUUGAAGGGUUGGCUUUCGGCUUAUAAUCGAUCAAUAGGGUGCCCUCGAAUGCCGAUGGACCAUGAACUGCUGUUGAUUCCGGACACUGAAGAAAAUGUUAGAACUCUUGAGGUGGAUAUGGGUGAUUAUAGUGAGGAAGUGGAAAACCCAAUCACUAGGCCAGUGGAAAAAGAUUGGGUUUCUUCUUCGUCUGGUCUGAAAUUUGGCCAAGGGAGUCGGACUUACUCAAGGAAUUCGGAGAUUACAGAGGAUGUAAUGCAUCACAGGAGGAAACAGAAAAGCAUUGCUGAAAUCUUAAAAGCUGAUACAGGUGUUCAGGCUCAUAAGGUAACAAAGUCCAUUGAACAAGCUUCCCUUUCUCGUAGGAAAAAGACGAAAGGCGAUGAUAAAGCUAAUGUUGAUGGUGGCAGUAAUUCGAGCAUUCUACCAAGAAAGGGGAAGCAAACUGAGCUUUCAGGAUCUCAUGCUGAAACUGAUGUCAUUGGAGCCAAGGAUGAAACGGAUAAGGGUUAUUCAUCAAGAGGAAGGAAAAUGAAGAGCAAACAAGCAAGCGAUAAUAACGGUGAUGAUUUGGGCAAAGAAGAUACUAAUACUGUCUCGGCUAAAAGGAAAGAAGAUACUAAUACUGUCAUUGGAGCAAUCAGUAGGAAUGACACUUUUCCGAGAGAAAAGAAGAAAAGCAAGUACUUGUCUCCUCCUUACACUAGUUCAACUGGGAAGCUGAGGAAAUCAGUCAUAGAAGAUGAGUCCGUAGAGGCUUCCAGUGACACCCGAUCCAGAGAGACGAUGACUAAAGCUACUGGUAAUCCUGCUAUCAGUGAAAGGAAUGAACUCCUUGAAGAAGUUCAUUCAGAGCAAGAAGCAUCGACUGAAUCAAAAUCUCUCACACCAAAACUGUACCUUGACCGGAUAACUGAACUGGCAAAAGCUGAAACUCCUGCCGAUCAAGUUCUAGUUGCAGUCCGUUCUAUAGCUCUUAGUCUACAAUACCAAAGGAAAAACAGCUCUUUCGAACUUAUUCUGGAGUUUUUAUCUGUAUUCAGAAGCUCAGUUUACCGAGAUGGAUCUGACUACAAAAUGUAUAAUCAGUUCCAACAACAUAAAAAGAGAAAAUCUCCAGACUAUUCGACUGUGUCAUCUGGACAUAAAUCCCAUAAGAAAAAGGUUGGAAAGAAUGAAGAAACAAAGAUGGAUCAAUCCAAACCUGCGGAAGCUACCUGGGCAUCACUGAAGAAAGCCCAGAAACCAAAGCCAUAUAAACCUAAACCGAAGCAAACUGUCAUGGCUGCAGUUUUGAAGAAAAAUGAUAAGGAAGCUGAUGAAAAUAAUCUACCUGCUGCCCUCUUUGUGACAUUCGGCCCCGGAUGCUCAUUACCUACAAAGGACGACCUUAUCCGAAUAUACAGCAGGUAUGGACCACUGGAUAUGGAGGACACCAAUAUGUUCUACAAUAAUUUCUGUGCUCGUGUUGUCUUCUUAAGAACCUCUGACGCUGAAGAAGCCUUCAGCAGCUCACAAAACGAUAGUCCUUUCGGAUCUGCCAAUGUCAGUUUCCGGCUUCGACUUAACGUGGCUGCGUUAGCUCAAAACCAGAAGGAAAUACCGAGUUCCAAAAACUCUUCUCCUCUAGUGAAGGAUGGAACCGAAAGAUCAACCAAGUCAUCGGCUCCUGGAAAUUCGCAGCUUAAACACAUCAAGCAGAAGCUCGAGAUGCUGACAUUGAUGCUGGAGACAUCAGAUGAGAAGAUGUCAUCAGACACCAAGUCCAAAAUACAAAGCGAGAUAAAAGGGCUCUUGGAUGUGGUAAACACAAUGGUUGAAUCGUCAACUUAAGCAAAAAUGACUUCAGUUUUAGGAUGUAUGGGAUCUGUAGAAGCUUAUGUUACAU